CUAAACCCACAACAGUAAAAUCAGUCUGUAUAUGCAGUAAAGCAUGCUUAGUAUACUCACUGUGGUACCUAAGGACUUAAUCCUCUGCACUGUGUAAAAAUGCUGUUUGAUCCUGACUUCUUGUCUAUCUCUUAUCUCCUGAUAAGACAUAUCGUGUGAAGACAUUGCACAUGCUUAAUUUGGUGUGUAUUGCUAGAGAGUUCUUUUUCCUUGGGAGAGUGCAUGUGAUCAGCACAGGGUCAAUCAACACUGCCCAGACAGAGGUCAGGGGUUCUGCAUCCUCCUAGAGAA